AUGGAAAGCAUAAUCGAAGAUGUGAAAAGAUCACGAAAUUUCACUGAUUUGGAGAAACACAUACUAUUCGAUUUGGUAAUGCAAUACAAAAACAUAAUUGAAAACAAAAAGACAGAUGGGACAACUGUUAAGCAAAAAAAGGAUUGUUGGGAUGAAAUUACACGCAAAUAUAACAGUAACGCUCAAACGGGGACCCGGACUGCCAAACAGUUGCAUGCAUUAUAUGAUACAAUAAAGAAAAAGGCACGAAAAAAUCUCCAUGAUGAUAAGAAAAAUUUAUAUAAAACUGGUGGUGGCACGUUCACUCCACAAAGUGAUGAAUUAGAUAAAAAAGUUUUAACCAUUUUAAAGCCCCAGUACGAACCACUUUGUAACCCAUUUGAUUCAUCUGCUUCGUAUUUUAAAGAGAAUUUGUCUCCAAAUAUAGAUGCUACAAAUGAAGUUGAAACAGAAGAAAUCAUACAAAUCAUACAGGAAGAAAUACCCAGUCAUAAUAGUGUAGAGCUUACAGCAGUCUAUGAUUUAAAUCCUUCAUCUUCAGAGUUUAUGCAAACUGUGGAACACACAUUUGAUUCUGCUACACCUUCGUUGGCUUCAAAAAUAGAAAAAAUCGCAGAACCUUUGACCGUUUCUACUGUUACACCUUCCACCUCCAGGAACUUGAAAAGAACACCAGCAAAAAAAAGAAAAAUUGAAAAUAUGGAAAUACUUGCAAAGCGGAUAAUAAAAGAAAAAGAGUUGGAAUUCAAAAUUCAAGAACUAAAACAUAACAAGAAGCUACAAGAAAUUGAAUUGGAAAUUAAAAAUAAAGAGUUAGAUAUAGUAAGUUGGGAACACACUUUAAAAUCUAUAGAAUACAAUUCACGUUUAGAAAGUGCGGAUAUGGAAAACUUAAAUAAAUAA